AUGUUUUUAUUACCAAUCAAGAAUGAGAGGCAGAGGACUCAUUGCCCAUUUCGUCGUGAAGCACCCAAGCAAGACAUGUGGGAUAUUCUCCAGCCCUUAGCAAUGAUGAGCAGUCUCCUAGAAUCUCCAGAAUAUUAUAAAGAUGUGAAAAAUUAUAACACAAUUUUACAACAAAGUGAAUCAGAAGUAACAGUCGACAAAGACAAAUUCCAAGCUAAUUUCGAUGUCCAGCAUUUCAGACCAGAAGAAAUUACUGUAAAAGUUACAGGAGAUAAUAUUAUAACCAUCGAGGCUAAACAUGAAGAAAAACAGGAUGAACAUGGACAAAUAUACAGACAUUUCAUAAGAAAGUAUCUACUUCCUAAGAACUGUGAUAUUAAUCGAGUAGAAUCUAAAUUGUCUUCAGAUGGAGUUCUUUGUAUAACCGCUCCUAUUAGCGACAAGACAGAACCUAAAUCAAUUCCAAUUUCACAAACUGGACAGCCAGCUAGGUCUUUACAAGAGAAGGCAGUUGAAAAUCCAUCUUCAAGGAGUUAA